AUUCAUUCCAGGAAACAGUACGAUUACAUUCUCCGACAAGGUUCAGAUUUCUGCCCAACUUUGUCAUUUGUGUAGAGAACUACAGCCACUAUUGAAGACAUUAAAUGUUAAGCCUCCUGGUUUCCAUUGAGCUUGUAUCAUUUAGCUCUCCUUUUUAUUUUUUUUAUUUAUUUUUUUAAAAACUUGUGUUGUCAAGAAUUCACGAUGAAGAGCCUUUUUUUGUCUCUCUUACUAGUCUCUAUUCUGUUUAUGAACAACUUUUCAGAAGUGCGAGGAAGGAAAUGGAAAGGUGAAGGUACGACACAAAACUUGGAAAGCAUUUUCAUUGGAAGGUGUUAUGACUAUAUCAGAAUUGUGAAUCCUGCUGUUGGUGAGAAGAAUUGCUCAGAGUUAUGGGAAGCUUUCAGAAAUGCUUUUAUUAACAAGGAUCCUUGCAACAUUCUACCUAAGGACUAUGAAUUAUUUAUCAAACUGGCAUUUCACACAAUUCCAGCUAACAAGUCUCUCUUCUGGGAAAAUAAUCAGCUGCUAGUCAAGAGCUUUACCAGCGGAGCUCGUCGCUACAUGUCUCUGAGUGAUACUCUCUUUGGCUUCGUUGUAGAUUUUCUAAUCUGGUGUGGGCAGACCAACAGCGCUGGACUGGACUAUGAAUCUUGCCCUACCAUGGAAGAAUGUGAAAACAAUGCAGUGGAUUCUUUCUGGAGGAUGGCUUCAAUCACUUAUGCACAGCACAGCUCUGGGGUGAUACGUGUCUUGUUGAAUGGUUCUGCAGAAGGAGGAGCUUAUCCAGUCAAAGGAUUUUUUGCAGAUUAUGAAAUACCUAAUCUCCAGAAAGAUAAGAUCUCAAAAAUUGUCAUCUGGGUUGUGGAUGAUAUUCAAGGACCAGAUAGAGAUUCCUGUGGAAAAAAUACUGUAAAGAUAUUAGAAGACCGACUGAAAACCCUUGGUUAUGAUGUCACCUGCACUGACAAUUACAAGCCUGUAGUGUUCUUACUCUGCGUGGAUUAUCCUGAUGACUCUAACUGUAUUCUGUCAUCGUAGCUGAGUUCCUGUAGUUCCCUGUGAAUCACAAAGGCAAGCUCACAAGAGACUCUGUCACCCCACUACAGCUCAAGUGCAGCUCAAGUGCAGGCUGGCAAGCAGAGGGGCUGAGGAAACUGGGGCCUGGGAGCACAGCACAGACCCUGCCCUCACACUGUGCCAGAGCAUCCACCUUGUCCAGGCAGCGCCCUCGUCACCUGCCUUCUGCUCUCUUUCCUGCCAUCUGCAGCAAAGGUGAAUCUGGUCUCAGUUCAGAUGAGUUAUUUCGUAAUUUUAGCAGAAUAUGAGUGAAAAAGCAUGACAAUGGACAUUUUAUAAAAGGAAAAAGAAGCAGGAAAUUAUAUUUAAUAAUAUGCAUUUCCUUUAGGUAAUAGCUACUAAAGUAACAUAAUUAGUCCUUUACUCGUGACUGUUUGACUAGGAAUACCUCCACACUAUGCUUUGGUGAGCUCCCAAAGUGCAGACAGAAGGGAUCCUCCAGAACCAUGUGUCUGGAGUAACUUGAGUUAUAGCAUCAGUUACAAUAACUAACAAAGUAAUUCUGUUUGCCUGGGCAUCUGUUAGUGGAUAUACAUGAUAUGGUCUUCUAUCAGAUACUAACAAGUGCUUCAAUUAAUAAUUAACAAGGAAUGUCAGGUAUUGCAGGUGUAAACCAGGAUGAUAAGUCAAGAAUUUAGCAAACACUGGACCACUAAACUGUAGGAAGACUUUUUUCCCAUUUGCAACAGGUAGUCAAGAGAGCUGUGCUAAGAAAAUGGCAGGUGUUGCAUAUUCUUAACUAAGUUAGGGUAAUGAUGAAGAAAAGCUCCUUAGGUCACACUCUGCUGUUUUGAGCAGAAGUAGCUAUUCCUUCCAAAUUUUAGUCUUGCAGUCUCAAAUCACAACUGUAAGACAUGCUGGACUAUGUAUGUCGUGCUUCAUUCUUACUUUUCCCUCUAGUUUAAUGAAAGAUGCAAGAAAAUCUGGAGCUGGUAUUUCCUUGAAGAAGAAUAAAGUCACUUGACUGUCACCUUGAACUUUUUGUCACCACUGCCCAUAAGCAUGGGGUUAAAUAAAAGAAGGAAAGAGUGAUUAUAAAAGCAAAGUAUAUGGCAUGUAUCAUACAAAAAGAAUCUACAGUAAGACACAGUAAGAAUAACCAAUAAACAUGGAAGGCACAGCAUCAAAUCCUGGACAAAUAUUUAAACACAUAUAUACAAAAGCAUAUUUUACAAAAUAGCUGGCAACCAGUAAAGAUCUUGUUUUUCAGGUUUCAUGUUUUUCUUUCACAUGGAUCCCUGCCAAGUGGCAGACCUACUCCCUAUAGUUCUUUCAGGAGAAUUCUGCAAUUUAUACAAUCCUGUGCCUGCCUAACAUACCUUUAUGCCAACUUUGUUUUGUUGGCCGCCUCAGUGGGAUGGUGGCCAGCUGGGUACUUUGUGCCAGAACGUGUGAGCAGCAUAAUAAUUAGUAAUGGCCAGAAAACAAGCACUUGAAAGUUGGUGAGAUUACUCCAUUUGUCUUCACUCUGCACUAACCUAAACUUUGAAAAGUAAAAGCAGAAAAAAAGUAGAGCAAGCUCAUCAGACUGUUAAGUAGCCCCAAGCUAGCUGCCUGCUCACACAAUCAGAAGAUCCCUAACUCCUAGAUGAUAGCUUUGGUAUAGCUCUCACUUUCUUGCAAUCCCUUCUAUUGCAGCUGUUCCAUUUUGUAUAAAUUGAACAUUGCUUGAGCAAAAAAUAUUUUCUCCAUAGCUUGAUUCAUGCUGAAUGCAUGAUUCAUUAAACUUGCGUCUCCCACUCUGCAGAUCAGUGCUUUAAACACUAUAUUCUUGAAUGUGUUUUUUAAAAAUUGAUCUAGGCCAUUAUUUUCUGACAUGGAUAAGUAGAAAGCUGUAUCAAAAAAGGUGAAGAUGAUGCAGAAGAAUGAAGUGACUUGUUUCCUCGUGCUGUUUGGGAGCUACUCCGCGGCUUGUGUGUCCACUCCAGCAGCAACGUGUAUGUAUGCAGGGGAUUUCUUCGUGCAUUGCACAAGCCCUAGCUAUGAAUUUGUUUUGUUACAAAGCUGCCAUUUUGGCUGCAAAAGAAAUUGUAAGCUGAAAAAUGCAAAAAGCAGCACUGGUGACAGCAGGAAAUUCUUCAGGCAGCAGAAAAGCUUAGGAAGCACCUGUAAAAGUGCCAAGCUUUCAAUGUCAAGGGGAAGGAGCAGAUGGCCUGACACUCAGGAGAGCUGGCAAAGGAAACCAGCACAGAAAUGGAAGGAAGAAGCUUGGUCUAAAGGGGGAAAACUUUUUAGACCCUUUGAAAUCUUUGAUUGCAAUAGACAAAGAAAAAUGUUGGUCAUUAGUGUCCGUUACCGUGCCUCACCCUGAACAUACAGCCCCAGCUGUCGUGACUCCAACUGGCUACAAGCGAACUCACGCAGCAACAAGUAAAGAAACGAGUGCUAAUCACACACUGGGAAAGGAAAUAGAGUAUGUCGAGUUAUUAAGGGAUAGCUAUUCCCAAACAUUCUUCCCCAGAAUGUCAGCUUUAAAUGCACUUCCCAUCGUAACGAUGUUAAUUUGUAAGGCAGUCAAAACUGUAGCAAGGUUUGAAAGAUGGAAUGCAGAACAGAUGCUGUGACUUCUGAGAAAGGUUGGAGUACAUCUACAUUCUUGUCAGUCUAUCUCACUGGAUAUUUGAUGCUACUGAAUAAAUCUGAGUGUCCAUAAAUCACGUCCUAGGAAGAAGCAGCUUAAAACUGAGUAGUUCCAGUGCCAUUUUGGUAGAGUACAACACCAAGGGAAAAAGCAGGCCACUAAUUUUAGGAUCUUAAGCUCUGUUAUGAGGCCUGAAAAUCACUCAUCCCUUAUGCUGUCUCUGUAGUCUCCUUUGAGACAAUAACAUGAAAAGAUCAGAGCUAGUUUUCCAUGCAGUGCUUAGUAGGAGUUUCCUUAUCAGAAAGGUUUUUAGAAAAAUUAACAUAUCCACAACUAGAAGAGCCUUUCAAAACAUCCCUGAAUUAUUACUUUGGACUGCAGAAGAACUUCACAGGAAAACAAACAACAAUAAUUUCCCAUACAGAGACAAACAAACCUUACCUAUGUGGGCAAUCAGAAAGGGUUGGAAAACUUAUUUGCUAAUAAGGAAAAUGUAUCACUUACUGAUAAAAGUUUUAUCUUCCACACUAAUACAUGAUGCUUGAUGAGGGGAAAAGACACUUGGCUUCCUUUAUUUCUCUGUUACAUCCCAUCUGAGAGUAAGGACAUUUGGAAGGAUGGAAUAGGGUGAGACAGAGAUUGUAUCCUCAGACUCAAAGGGAACUGAAGAGCCCGCAACCAUUCCUGCUUUAAUAAAUCAGUUUGAAUGGAAAUCAGUUGAAAAAAGAAAAUAGGAAUUGAUCCUGUCACAGCCAUGCUGUAGCUGUUUAAUCUCAUCCUAUUUCUUCCAAAAAUAGUUAUCUAAGAGGACACAUUUCAUAAAGUAUUUUUGAAAUGACUGAUGGAUGAGUGUCAGAAACUUUACUGUAGAAGCCUGAAUGUCAUGACUGUCCGUGAGACACUUCUGUAUGCCAGAGCAACAAAUCUUCUAAAAGAAGAUUCAUGAAACUAUUCAGAAAGGAUAGCUUUUUUUCAACUAUGUAAAGGGGCAUUUUAGAGAAGACAAAGCAAAACUCUUUUUCAGGAAUGCACAAUGAAAAAACUAGGGAUGAUUGUUAAAAUGCACAACAAGUAAAAUUCUGUUCAAACAUCAAAAAAAUCACCAUGGAGGUGGUGGAGCAGCUUGCCGAGAGAGGUUCUGGAUUCUCUAUCUCUGGAGGCUUUCAAAGCUCCACUAGAAAAUGCCCUGAGCAACCUAAUACAAGCUUGAAGUUGCACGUGAGUUGAGCAAAUGGUGGGACCGGCUGACCUGCAGAAGUCCCUUCCAACCCACAUUGUGCAAUGAUGCUGUGAGUUUUCCAAAAACGGCAAUUACUGGAUAUUUUCUUUCUGGAAAGGCCUGUCAUACAUGGUACUAUCCCCUUUUUGUUUUCAUAAUACAAAUGCCUAACUGGUAAGACAGCUUUAUUUUUAUAACAUAUUUAGCUGUCCAUAGAUUUUUAGCAAUCAAUCAUACUGGGUGUGUUCAUUUCAAAACCUAACAGCUAACAUGUUUAUCAAGGACAUUUCAAAUUCUAAUUUAAGCAGCACAAAUAAUAUUCCACAACAUGUUGCAUUCACAGUCAACCUUAAGCUACCUGAAGAUCUGCCUUUAUACAUAACUGAUUUCAGGUAUUGUCUUCAAGGAAAGAUUAGCUAGAUUUCCAUCUGUCUUGUUCCCUAAAUCCUGGUAUCUUUGGAAACCUAUCUGAUAAAGUUCUUUGUUUUCUUUACAUAUUCAUUAGAAAGCAAGAAGAUCUGGCUGUAUUCUGCAAGUAUUAUCACAAAAUCAGAGAAUCAUACUGUUUGUAUGGGACCUCUCAAAGGCAAUAGCAGCUUUGUGGUGACAUAGCCAGCUUGCCCUUACUGUGAGGCUAGGUCCCCUGCCCCACUGAGCAGCAGGUCUUAUUUUCCUUGGUGUUCCUCCCACUGUGGGUGUGCCCGUGGAAGCCCUUCUUGCAUCGCCCUUGCACAUAGUUUUAACUUCAGUUCAGGUUUGGCUCUCUUAAUACCUUCCCUGCAUGUCCAUGUCAGCCCCAAAGAGGCGAGGCUGCAACCACUCCAUGUCUGCAUAUGCAGGAUGCAGGCCUGCUAGUGAGAAUAUGUGUACAUGUACAUAUGUACAACAUGGAUUCCUUCAACAGCAGCCUCAGAAGUCUAACCAGGAGCUGGCCCUUGGAUCCCAGUCUCCCCAGUUGCUGGCACCUGGACAUAGGAGUCCCCAGGGCUGCAGGCCUACGAUGGGUAUCACACCUCCACAUCGGGGCUGAUGGCUUUGCUGGGACAGCCCUGGGAGGAGCCCAGACAAGGGAGUUGAUCCUCAGGAGUCCUUGCUUUGUGUUCCUGCCUGCCUUUGUGUCCCCGUACUCCUCCAGGCUUGUGCAGGUGGGCCUUUCAUCAGCUGAUAGGCUUGGGAGGAGCUGGGUAGGGAAUUAUUUGGGCUUCCCCUCCCACCAUUGUCUCUCUGACAAGAGACAAUGGGUGUGCAGAUGAGCCUUAUCACAUAACCUAACAGCCUGGGCAGUUAAUUAUUUUACAUUCCUCACAGACAGUCCAUCCACCCUCUACACACUUUCUUCCAAGAUUUAAGCUCAGUUAGGAGUUUCCGAUUUGGCCAGGCUGGACUCCUGCCACAGCUUCAACUUCCUGUAUAUCUCCAGUUCUGAAUCUUCCUUUCCUUCACAAGGCCGUUUUUCAACAUUUCCUAAGUAGUCAUUUCUGACUGUCAGUUCCGAUCAUAAAAUUCCCCAUGUUGCUGAUUAACAUCUAGAAACAGGCCUCUGACUCUGUGCGGCCAAUUCAUCCCUAACAAAACACAGCGAAGCUCCACUCCCCAACUGCACCAUGUCACUGAAGGACAAGUGCUGGUGCCCAACACUAGAACAUUUGACUGAUGUAUCCUGGGAGGUAGAUUUUGCACAGACAGAGACAAAAUGUACAAGUGGGGCAGAUGCAGGGACUGGAGGAAGGUGGCAAGAGCCAGUGGGGAACAGGGGCGAGGGAGGGAAGAUCUCCCCGAGCAACCCAAGUAGGUCUCUUGCACUGUCCUGUGCUCAUCUAAGCUCAUUCCCAGUUGCAUAUCUGACAGGUGACAUACAGAUGGACCAGACCGUCCUGUGGCUCGCACAGGAAUGAAAUAGCUUCAUGCUGGUUGCCUUAAGACAUACUCCUCCCUGCCCCUCGAGUGCAUGAGUAUUUUAUCUGAGAAACAAGAGGUAGGGAGGAGGGAGAAACGACUGGGAGUCUGUGCAAACACAGGAAUGUUUUGUCUUAAAGACCUCUCCUUUUAGAUGUUGCUCUGUCCUGGGCUGCUGUGUUGGCCCUUUCAUGCUCUGCAGUUCAAAAACAAUGCAUCAGUCUUGGGAUCCUGUCCAGCACUGAACCCCUCAUAUAUGGGUGUCUUCAUGUUUAUUUACACAAAAAGCAGAAACUGAUUUAAUAGAUUUUAUUGAUACUGCUUUCCCUCUUCUCUUUAUUUCUCUUCCUUCCUUUUCUCCCCUCAACUUCCCACAUGCGUCUUGAGAUUAGAAGAAGCCACACUACAUCUAGUCAAGUGUGUGUGUAGGGUGAUGAAAAGGUCACUGGCAAAAUAAGACAAAGUGGUGACAUUUGGUCCUCCCACACUCUCUCGAUGCAUGAGAACACAUAGGAAAAAAAUAGUACGUUCCGGUCGAGAGAGCAGAAUGCUUUAUUGAGGAGAGGCAGGCAUCGUGCUUGUCAGCAUGGCUGAUCUAGUAUUCUCAUUUCCCCCAUUUAAAGCCCUCAGCAGCGUAUGAAACAAAACGAGUAACUUCCAUGUGGAAAAACAGGCUGCUUAGAAACGAUAGAGAUGAAAGAGACAGAAAGCCCCUGCAGUCCCUCAGUGUGCAGAGUGCAAAUAAUUACUAGAUGAUGUCUUUUUACAGGGUAAUUUAUCACACUCCGGGUACAGCAGCUUGCACCGAUGGGCUUGCAGAACCCAGGGUACGACCUGUGUUUGAAGCAGGCCAGCCAACUUUGCAGCUUCAAACCUGCAUGCUGCAGGGGUAGUAGCUCCAAAACAUGCCAUCAGUAUGGAAGAACGUGCACGCAUCCACAGCUGUUACAGUGAUGGGACGUGGCAUUUCUACCCCCCCAGUGAAAACACGUACCACAGCAUGUGAUGCCAGUGGUCUCCCUGCACACCUCUCGGCCUUCCUAGGAAAAGUGCUCGAGGGUAUACUGAUCGUGAGAUCGUAUCCUUAUUUACAGCAAAAAUGAGAACGAAGUGACCAUAUUCAGAACACCCACAGAGUGCAAAGUCAGUUUUUUGAAAAAUACAGGUGUCUGGGCUUGCGAAAGCAACUUCAAACUGCUUUCUGUCCUAUGUUUCUUAAACGUAAGGAUGCCUAAGAUCCAAUGGUGUUUCUGUUUGAACUGAAAUGUCCCCUGGGUGCUUAAACAUGAGUGAAUUAAGGAAUUCAGAGGUGUCCAUUAGCAACUCAGAGACAGGUGACAAUUAAGACAUUACUGAUUUUUCCAACUAAUUAGUUCAGGGGCACCUCCUCAAACAAAAUUCAGUAGCAAUGAAUAAACCCACCCAUACACACAACAUUGUCACUUUCCAGGCCAACUGCACAACUAAUUUCUGUAUGAUUUUUCAGGAUGAUCAGAAGAGGAGUCAGGUCUGAAACUUUACAGAUUUGAAAAGCUACAAGUGUCUAAAAUAAAAAGUGAAAGUGCAACUAAAUUCACACAUCUUUAAAUGCAGAGGUCAGUUGUCCAUCUGUGUUAGCAAUUUUUCAAGUGAUCUACCUAGGUCAGGUACAAAUUAAAUCACCAUUCAAAGAACACAGAUAUUUAACACAUUGGAACAAGGUCAUAAGAUAAAUGCAUCAAAACCUCAGCUUCAGUUGCUUAGAGGAAGCAAAGUCUAUCUCUACACUCACUGCACAAUUUAAAAUAGGACAGUGUUGCUCGAUGUCCUCAGAGCCCUGCAUUCCGCAUGUAAAACAGAAAGUAUGUAAUGCUGCAUGUAAGCCAGAAAGGGCUUAAGAAUUUUCAAGUGUCUUCUGUGUGCAACAAAGUAGGUAGAUAAAUGCAUGCAAUUUCUUUUCAAAGAACUGAAAAAAUGCUGAAGAUAAAAACAAAACAAAACAAAACAAGAUGAUGAACCAUUGCAAUAUCAGAUUAGCUGACUAAGGUAUGAAAUCCAAUUACCUCGUUCAUCAGCUAGAUUUUAUAUUGCACUUCAGGAGGAGCCUUGCUGUAGUGAACUGACCUGCAGAGUUAGCAAUGCCAGGACACUGUUCUGUACCUCCACACUGAGCUUUGCAUCACUUGUAAAGAUGCAAAGAUGCUAUUGCAGAACGGUUUUGCAACCUUGCAAGUGGGAAGUGCGAAGAUAAUUUAUCUUGAGCCUGGUUUACAAAUGAAAGGAGGCCUAUGCAAUCACUUUGUUUGCUUGUCCAUUCCUCCAUCUGUCAGUCCCUUCCCUCCCAAAGACUUGUGAAUUUAUGGGCCAAUUUCAACCCAAGUCUAAUGGAGUGGGCUGCAGAACUUCUGUUCUGUUAUUUUACUCAUGCACAUUCAACUAAUUUGGAUGGUUUGGGGGUUUGCCUUUUUUUUUUCCUGCACAGAUAAGGUAUGUGUUGCUGCGAAUGGGAGCUACACCAUCCUGUUCAGAGGAGAUUAACUCCCUAUUGUCUGAUAGUCAGACUUUAACACACAAAAAAGUAUUUUGUCAUCAUAACUAAUCUUAAAGAACUUCCAGCAGAAGCAAAUGCAGUCAGUAGAAAUUUGUGUCAAGUAACAACGAACUGAGCAAGACAAUAACAACAGGCUGAACAAGGCAGCUGGAUAAUGGCAACCAGCUGAAAAAAAAAAAAAAAAAAAGAUUUGGGAUAAGGGAGUGCUGGUGUUCAAACCAUCUUCCGACUGCUCACCCAAUAAACAAGCUCACAAGGCAUUCCUGGUAGUGGAUAUGGCCUUUGCAGAAGACAUGACUGAGACAUCUGGGUGCUCAGACACCAAGUUACAAAUGCCUGUUUUGCAGCAGCGGGUGUGUGGUUGGAUGGCACGCUGCUAUUCACAGCUGUCACUUUGUACUCGCUGUUCUUCUUGUCCCAGCCCAUUUAUCAUUUUAUUUUCAGUGUUUAUCUCAAACCUUCUCUAAAUGUUAUGACAGCAGUUACCCUGUGAAACCGGGAAGCUAUGAGAAGACUAAUCAUUGCUAUUCCAACAAAAGCCGUGAAAGGAAUGAUUUCUUCAAUUAUUGUAACAGCUUCUGCUCUUUUCAGUUCAAAUUCCCUUAUUCCUAAAUUCUGGCACUGGCAGCUAGCAAUUACAGGUGUCCACAGUGAUUAGUGGCACUGCAUACCACGCUAUCAUCCUCAUCCAGUGCAUUAUGUUGAAAUAAUUCUUCAUGAUUCAUAAACUGUGUAGCCUUUGAAAGAGCCUUUUUUCUAUCAUAUGGAAAAAUUUACUGCUACUAUAACUAAGCUCAACCCCACUAAAGGCAGUGGCAUUGUUUCUGUUUCUACCUGAGCACACUUAGAUGAGAAAUGGAAGCAACUGAAGAACAACCAGGACACAGGCAAACCACACAAUCAUAAAAUAUUUCUAUCAAACUUUUUACUCACUGUGGAAGAAACAAGUUCUAGAAGCAGGUUUUAACCUUGGCCACCUAAAAGAUGCACAACAUAUUUUUUCUUACUGAUGUUUGCAGGUUAAUGUUGAUUUGCACUGGUUCCAUCCACCUAUUGCACACCACCUUUUAUCAGCGAGCGAUAUUUCUGCUGUGAAGGAUUAUUUGUGUCCUCAGCCAUGUUUGGGGUGCUAGGACUAUCUACAGUUGUAAUAAAAAGUUAAAAAAAAAAAGAUAAACUGUUGAAUGACCAGACCUUAAGAAUGGCUGGGGGGUGGUUUGUCAUCCCUUGCUGGGUCAAAAAUACAAUCCACAGUACUUCCAGGUAGCAGUGGAAGCUAGCUGCUUUUUUCUUAUGAUAUACUUAGCUGUACUAAUGCAGGCUAGUAAAUUAUAUAUAAUACAAUUCCAUUCUUACAGAAGUCUCUUGCUGCAAUACACGGUAUCAAAGCAGAGGCUGGCAUUUAUGUGCCUGAAGUUCUGUCUUCUCAUCUUUUACACCCACUUUUUAAUCCUCCCAGGGAUUCAGUGUAAACUCUGGCAGAGAAGCGGACACACCUUGACUUAGUAUUAGUUUCGGCUUACCUUGGAAAUUCACAUAGCUUGGAGGGCUCCAAAUAUUGGAGUUUAUCAGACAUGGCACUUUUAAAAGAUGUCAUUUUCCUUAGAGAAGGCAAAAAUAGCCACUAGCACACCAGUUCAAGAAGGAUGCAGGUCCAUGAGCACUUCACUGCAAUCUCAGGGGAAAUCCUAAAUGUGCAUUUCCUUACAGUUGUGUUGGGGGUGUUGACCUCCUGAUGCCCUGGUGGGAUAAAGGCAGGUUAAGGUGGUUGUCUUGAGGAAGCUGCUUAGGAAAGAAGCGAGCUCCAGCUGAGUGCCCACAAACCUGAGGGGAUGCAAGGCCUUUGUAAAACAAACUGCUGUUCACAUCCCUUCAUCCUCCCUCAUCUCACAUUCUCUGUGCUCCUCUCAUGCCGUCCUGUUCAGGAAAUACCAUUUCAACCCUUCUUUGCUAAGGCACCAUUAUCAUCUUACUUACUGUGGAAACCCUCUUGUGCCAGGACAUCUGCAAGGCGCAAGUACCUUCUCACGUUCAUACUGAGAAAGAAGCUCCCAUUUUCUGAAACACCAGAAGCACUUCGCUGGCCUUCCUGCCGCCCCCUCGUCUCUGUUUGUCGCUUUACUCAGGCUGAUCAGGCUGCAGAGGCUUGCUGAAAGGAGGCUUGGCAUUUCCUUGCCUGUUCCAUCCCUCCUGUAGCUCGAGGUGUCACAAAACCAACAGCAAGGACAGCUUCCAGAGCAACCGGGCCUCCACUUGCCUUAUUUAUUUAUUCUUAAUGAAUCAACAUCACAUCUGAACAAAAGGAAAAGGUUUUUUAUAUCGGGUGCUUUUAAAAAGUUUUAAACUUUUUUAACUGUCCCAUUUGUUCUACUCUAAAAAAUAUUCUGAUUUUAGACUUCCUGAAGGUGAGUAUCUUCAACACCCUAAACAAGCAGAGAUUGCAAUUUUAUUGCAUAA